AUGCUUGCUGUAGGUAAACGGUCUCCUUGCUUCUUGACGCGCUGGGGUCUCCGCGUGCCGUGGCGCGACCCGGCGGAAAGGACGCGGGACGGCAGCGCUGGCUCCAAGAAAACCAAAGGCGUUCACUUGGGCUCCUUCGAGUUACCUUUUAUCCCGAACGCGUUUCGUGAAUUAGACGUUGAUUUUGAACACACGUACUCAACAGAGUUGUCCGAGGUAUUGCUGUGUUCAGAAGGAAAUGAUUUACUGCUACGCAAAGUUAUAAUACGCUUCAAGAACAAACUUGUUUCGCUGACUGCAAAGUUGUAA